AUGAGUAAUAGAAAGAGUACUGCUGCUAGUUUGCUGUUACGACAAUACAGGGAGCUAACGGACCCGAAGAAAGCGAUACCAUCGUUCCACAUCGAGUUGGAAGACGAUUCAAAUAUCUUUGUGUGGAACAUCGGCGUUAUGGUGCUGAACGAGGAGUCUAUCUAUCAUGGGGGUUAUUUUAAAGCACAGAUGAGGUUCCCAGAGGAUUUCCCAUUUUCACCACCACAGUUCCGUUUCACGCCUGCCAUUUAUCAUCCAAACGUUUAUCGAGAUGGCAGGCUAUGCAUUUCUAUCUUGCAUCAGAGUGGUGACCCUAUGACCGAUGAGCCCGAUGCUGAGACGUGGUCUCCAGUGCAAACUGUAGAGAGUGUUUUAAUCUCUAUAGUGUCACUUUUGGAAGAUCCCAACAUAUCGUCGCCAGCUAAUGUUGAUGCAGCUGUGGAUUACAGAAAGAACCCAGAUCAGUACAAGCAAAGGGUAAAGAUGGAAGUGGAGAGAUCGAAACAGGAUAUACCACAGGGUUUUAUUAUGCCCACCUCAGAUUCUGCUUACCUAUCCAAGCUGGGUAAACGUGAAGAGCCUGAGGAAACUAAAGAUAUGGCCGAUAAUUUCUGGUAUGAUAGUGACUUGGAUGAUGACGAUAACGUUGGUGGAGAUGUGAACGACGACUGUUUCUCCUACGAUGAUGAUGACGUUUACAACUAUCAGGGUGGGUAUAGCAAUAACGACGACGAAGAUGGCGACGGGAUAGAGUUUGAGGAUGAUAACGAUAGUAUGGACAACGAUAGCGUGAUGGACAGGAAGAAACCUCAUAAGGCUGAGGAUGAAAGUGAAGACCUCGAGGAGGUCGAGAGAGUCGGAAAGAGGUAA